AUGCUUCUCAGAUUUUCGGCUCUGGGCCAGCUUCGGUACGCUGCUGUUGCCGCUGCGCAGGUAUCUAAUUACGCGCAGAAUUCGACCAAAUUUGACGUCCUCGACUAUGUAGACCCUCUCAUUGGAACUGUUAACGGGGGUGGGCAAAGUCGUCAUGUCUUUCCUGGCGCCAGUCUGCCAUAUAGCAUGGCCAAGGCUGUUGCCGACGUCAACGAGGAAAUCCAAGGCGGUUUCGCCUCCAACGAUGCCGAUGUCACCGGCUUUUCUCACAUGCACGACAGUGGAACUGGUGGUGGCGCCUCGAUGGGCAAUUUUCCCCUCUUCGCCCAGACUGGAUGUCCUGGCAAUGAGCUGAACCGUUGCUAUUUUAACAAGAUCACACGGGCCUCUAAACGCAAGAAUGGUACAGUCGUCGCGCGUCCCGGCUACUUUGCAAUCUCCCUCAACACGUCUAUCACGGCGGAGAUGACCGUCUCCAACCAUACGGCCCUCUACCGCUUCACCUUUCCCACAGACGGUUCCCCAACAAAGGAUACAGACCCGCGCGUUUCUUAUGUUCCCCUCAUUAUUGCUGACCUGUCCGAUCUGUCCGAGUCGCGCAGCAAGGCCACGGUCUUAGUGGACGGGACAACAGGACGCAUCACUGGCAACGGCACCUUUAACCCCUCUUUUGGCGUCGGCACAUACGACUCUCACUUCUGCGUCGACUUUCACGGCGCCCAGGUACGCGACAACGGCGUCUGGAUCAAUAACCGUGCAGGAAACGACCCCAAAAGUCUCAACGUGACAAACAAAGUCCCUGCCGGCGCUUGGGUUCAGUUUAGGCCGCCUAAAGACAACCAAAUUCUGGCGCGCGUGGGACUCUCGUUCAUCAGCGCCGAGCAGGCCUGUAAGAAUGCGGAGAGGGAGAUACCUGACUUUGGCUUCCAAAAGAUCCGCGAUCAGGCUGAGGCUGCCUGGCGCUCCAAGCUUGAUGUCGUCAAGGUGGAUAGCUCAGGUGUUGACAAGUCAUUGCAGAGGACUUUUUGGAGCAGCUUCUACAGAAGUCUCAUAUCUCCCCAGGACUACACCGGCGAGAACCCUCUCUGGAAGAGCGACGAGCCGUACUUCGAUUCUUAUUACUGCAUCUGGGACAGCUUCCGGAGCACUCACCCGUUUCUCACCCUAGUUGACCCUCAUGCUCAGGCCCUGAUGAUUCGUAGUCUGAUUGAUGUUUACCGUCAUGAGGGCAAGAUGCCUGACUGCCGAAUGUCUCUUUGCAAGGGAUUUACCCAAGGAGGCAGCAACGCGGAUAACUUGCUGGCCGACUCGUAUCUCAAAGGCCUGACUGAUGGAAUUGACUGGGAGACUGGGUAUGAAGCUGUCAUUUCCGACGCGGAAGAUGAACCGCCACUGUGGACUGUCGAGGGUCGUGGUGGUCUGCACUCCUGGAAGACCCUAGGUUACAUUCCCACGGACGACUUUGACCCCUACGGAGUGGGCAUCUACACUCGCAGCAUCUCCCGUACCGUCGAGUACAGCUACAACGACUUCUGCAUCGCCGAGAUGGCGCGUGACAUGGGCAAGGUGCACGACGCCGAAAAGUACCUCAACCGCUCCGGCAACUGGCUCAACAUGUUCGACCCAACCUCGCGCUCCCGGCUGAACCUCACCGGCAGCAAGAACGAAGCCGAUUUCGUCGACAGCAGCUUCCAGGGCUUCCUGCAGCCGCGUUACCUCAAUGGCACCUUUGGUUACCAGGACCCGGCCAUCUGCACUGACCUCUACAACUUCACAUCUUGCUACCUUAAUGAGGAUGGUCACGAGACAUAUGAGGCUGGCUCUUGGCUGUACACGUUCUACAUCCCCCACGACGUGGCGACGCUCGUGCCCACGCUCGGCGGCACCGAUGAGUUCCUCCGCCGCCUGCGCUAUCUGCACGAGACGCCCGGCCUCUUCUACAUUGGCGAUGAGCAGUCAUACAUCAUGAUCUUCCUCUUCCACUACAUCGGCCGCCCUGGUUUGUCGGCCGAGUACGCGCACCGCUACAUUCCCAGCGCCUUCAACGACACCAUCGUCGGCAUCCCCGGCAACGACGACUCGGGUUCCAUGGCCAGCUUUGCCGCGCUUACCAUGAUGGGCCUGUUCCCUAUGAGCGGUCAGGACGUCUACCUCAUCACCGCGCCCUUCUUCCGCGAGUUUAGCCUGCUCAACUCCGUGACCGGCAAAACGGCCACAGUGCGCACGCACAACUUUGACGCUGCGUACAGGAACAUUUACAUCCAGAACGCGACGCUCAACGGCAGCCCACUCAUGAAGAGCUGGCUGACGCACGAGUUCUUCCGCGAGGGCGGUGUGCUGGAGCUGCACCUGGGGCCGAGGGAGAGCGGCUGGGGGAGCGGUCCGAACGAUGUCCCACCGAGUGCUUCGACACAUUUCUGGAAGUAA